GGCAAAAGCGUUCGUCGCGAGAACGAUGGCGGCACUUGCUGUGUCUGUCUAUUCCUCCCCCAGUUCAUCUCUCAAACCCUCUCUUUCCUCUCUGAAAAUCUCUCCAUUUUCUCGUCUAUCAUUCUGCAAUCGGAAUGAAACCGCCUUUACAGUUCAAUCCUUAAGCCUGAAGCUCAACCAUAACUUUCUCGGCUUCUCCGAUAAAAUUCCCAGGAUUUUGAGGGAUAGGAAAUCUCGGUUUUGUUUGAAUUGUAAGAAAGGAGAAAGCAACAAUGGAAUUGGGGAUGAGAUUGAUGAGACAGAGAGAUUGGCGAGAGGAGAGAGUACAAUGCCUGAUAGAUUCAGGUACUUGACUAAAGAAGCACCUGAUCCUCCCGUGAGGUGGCCUUGGUUUGUGGCAUCAGCCUUCCUUGUCUAUGCAUGGAGAGCCGUCCUUUUUGAACUAUCUAAUUGGAGAAAGGCUGCCUUGGCAUCAGUUCGCUUUGUUGGAUACCUUUUGAAACUUGGCGUGGCACUUAUCUUCCAUUUCAUAGGAGAUCCAGUCACUUCUGUGAUUAGAUGUAUAGAGACAGCAACCUAUACUGUCCGAGCUUCCUACUCCUGGAUUGUGGCAUAUGCUCCUAUUCCAGAACUAACUACAAUUAUCAUGCUUGCGUCAGCUGUGCUUGCUAUUGGAGAAGCUGCAGUUCCAAACUCUGUAAGCAGCCAGUCAUAUCUUCUAACAAUAUCUGGCCUAAUUGGUUAUGCAGCGGUUAGAAGCUAUAUCUCUGAGCUAUUCUUCUGGACACUUCUGGUGGGCUUGUAUAGUUUCUCCCGAUUAGUCAAAAAGCGAGACGAUGUUACAUCUGCACUGCCUGUUGCAGCUGUACUAGUUGCAGUUGGGGAACCCUGGGUGAGGUUUUUGGUGAUGGCUUCAUAUCUAGCUCUAGCUAUUUUUCACCAUUCAAAGAAACCUUUGGAACAAAAGGAGGAAGUUGAAGUUUUAAUGACUGGUAGGAGGGUUCCAGUGCCACUGCUGUUUGCAGCUUUAGCCAUUGGCAUCCGAGUUGCUGCCAAGUGGGCAGGCUAUAGGCAUCUGACGUGGAUGAUCGUUUGAGAGCGUAGGAGGCGCUCUACAAGCUAUCAGAUUGUAACAAGAGUGGGCCUUUGUAUUUAUUGAGAUGGCUCCUGUGAUUAAUUUGUCACUCGCAAUUCAAUUUUGUAACGGUAUUGAUUUCUUUCCAUAAAUACUUCAUGGUUUUAGUUUUUUCUUACAAUUGAUCCUUGUAUUAUUAGAAGUUUCUAGAGCUUUUUUUCUUUUUGCAGAUUUUGAUCUUGGACUUCUCUGUGUUUUUCUAUUUCUUAUUAGUGAUAAUGUUCUUAAAGAUAUCUCUGAUCAUUCAAUCCACCAUGUUUGGCGGAGUGGAUCAACCCCCUGUUUUCACAGGGAAAAAUCUAUUUGGUAAAAACUACAAUUUACUGAUAAAUUACCUGCUUACUUGGAA